AUUUCAUCACAAAUCCAUCAGUUGUGGGGUAUCUCGUAUCUUAUGGGCCUUCUCGACCUUCACUACGACUCGAAUUCUACUCGGGCGAUACUACACCGGCACUUCAUCCUUCAGACAAUACAUAGUCAAAGGCAAACUUCAUCGUACGAGCGCCGCCAUACAAUUGAUUAAGAACAGAGAUAGCAAGGCUAUAGCAACAAUUGAAUCUAGCAUCCGCUAGCACUUGAGCUGCAAGCAAUCUACCGUAACACUAUCGCGAUACGUUCGAAUCUGUUCUGGAAGCCGAACGUCGUCGCAUCAGCCGCCACAAGACCCUCGUAGCUGCAUUUAGCCUCCCACACCCUUCUACCGGCGCAUCUGACAUUGUCUCAUAUCCCUUCAUCCUAUAAUCUACCUCAGCCUUCUGAGGGUCUUAUCUCUUCUCGAAUUGGUUGAAAAUAAGAAAGUACUAUUUUAUAUAUAUAACGAGAUCAGAUCGAAAUGACGCUGCCAGAGCCCUCGGUAUCGGUUCUUGGCCUGGACCCGACGCACCGGAACUGCGUGUUGAACGGGAACGCGUUCCAGCAGGACGCCAUCCAAUCGUAUAACGGAUGGCAGUACGCCUGUUUCUACAGCCAGCUAUCAGCAGACGGCGCCAAGGAGCCGUUGUACAUCCACCUGUCGCGCAGGAAGCUGCCGAAGGGGAAAUGGGAGACGUUCGUCUUCGACGACUACCCGCAGACGACAGAUGACGGGCAUAAUACGGUCCAGCUCGGUAUCUGCCCCGGCGACGGCACCAUCCAUCUCUCAUACGACCACCACUGCGACAUAAUCCGGUACCGCCACUCCCACCCCGGCGUAGCCCAAACCCCCGCCUCGCACCCGUGGACCAAAUCCCUCUUCACAGCGCACCUAAGCCGUCUCCCGGGUCUAGGCGCCGAGCAAGACACGCUAUUCAGCUACAUAACGUACCCGCGCUUCGUGCCCUUAGACAGCUCCUUGCUCUUCACCUGGCGGACCGGCAAAGCCGGGCUCGGAGAUGACCACAUCGCCGUGUACUCGUCCUCCCCCUCUGCUUCCCAAUCCACAGCCUACGGCUACAAAGUCCUCGGCACAAACCUCAAAGGCGUCCAAAACAACCCGUACAUCCACGGCCUAGACCACCGGCGCGGCCGUCUGCACGCGACGUGGGUGUACCGCGAGUUCGUGCACUACACGGGCUGGGACGACCCCCUCGACGUCCAGCACAAGCAACAAGCGGGUCCGAACUCCGGGGCCAACAACCGCGACAUCUGCUACGCGUACUCCGACGACGGGGGCCUGGUCUGGCGCAACGGGGCCGGGGUCGUCGUGGCCGAUCUAAGCAAGACCGGGGACGAGGGAGAGGGGGUGAGGCCGGACGCGCCGGGGAUCGUGGCCUUUGAGAUCCCGAAGGGGAGCGGGUUGGCGAAUCAGGAGGCGCAGGCUGUGGACGGGAUGGGGGGCGUGCAUGUCUUGAAUCGCGAUUGUGUGGGCGGCGAGCAGAGGUGGAAGCAUUAUUAUCGGGCGCCUAAUGGUACCUGGACCCAGCACGCCCUCCCGCACGUCAAUGGCGUGUAUGGAGGUAAGCGUGGACGGCUGGCUGUGAGUAAAGAUGAUGACUUAUAUCUCAUUCUACCGGACCCUACGGCGCCCACCUUGACGAUCUUGAAGGCGCCAAAGGAGAGUGGCUACUCUGAGUAUGAGCUGGUGUGGCGGGAAGACGGAUUCCCGCCGACGGAGCCAUUGGUAGAUACCACAAGGCUACAGUAUGAUAACGUGUUGUCUGUCUUCACACGAUCUAGCUACGGGUCUGACCUGGACUCGCACGCGCAGGUUGAUGUUGUGGUUCUCGAUUUCAAGUUAUAAGUACAAUAAAUCUGCAUAUCUCAAUCCGAGGAAAGCUUCCAAAUGUCUUCGUGUUCGUCAGAUCACAUCUUAUAAGUUAUAUGAAAUAUCGAUGCGAUAAAGAUUCUUGCGUAUCAAAU